UAAUAUUAAAAUGUUUGCCAUCUUUAGUUCUUGCGCAUGCACAGACGCUUUUCCGCGGUGUUGCACCCCUGAGUCUAGCUGAGUGGGACUUUUGUUUAGAUUCCUAUUUGGUGCUUAAUUGUUAAUAUCAUGCACUUCUAGCCCGAGAGCUGCUCUUGCAUAAGUGGCAGAGUCUACUGAGUAUGUUUAUUUCUGAUUCUGUUUGCUGCAGGUAAAAAGUCAUAUUCUAUUCUUUUAUAGUAAUUAAUUAUUUAAAGUGUCUCAUCAGAAGCUCGACGUCCCUUACAGAUAUGAUGCAAUUUGCUGCAGGUAAUGCAAAUAAUAAUCAAUUAUUUAUACCCAAUAUACACUUCCCGAAUUUGCAUGAAAACACACGAAACUACAGUACGAAAUCAAAGCAGAUAAUCAGGGCUGUAGCUACACCCCCUCCCUCAAUAAUUGCGGGCAAUAUUUUUUAUGCAAACGUCAAGUUUAAUAAGAAAUUUAGGUAACUAUCGUGUCUGAAAUCCGCGAAGACUUAUAGCAUUGAAUAUAAGAUUUAGGAAAAUAGUGGUUUGUCGGAAUUGGUAAAACAUGGAUUGGAUAAGAAGGAAAAGAACUAAAAUAUUUGAGAAAAUGAUAAAUAUUAGCCAGGAAUUUUGGGAAAGAAAUAUUAAUUCGCGGGUUGAAAUAAUGUCGGGUUAUAUGUUAUAAAUUUUCAGGUAAAAUUAUUGCGGACAUGUAUAUAUUAUAUAGGUAUAUUUUUGUUGCUCGCCCCCAAACGAAGGAUGCUCGCAACGGCCCUGCAGACAUGUAAAGUAACAACAAAAUUUUAAAUAUUCUGUAAUGCCAUUUUCUUCAAAAAGCAAAAAGUCUCGUUUCCUUAGAUUGGUAUGACCGAAUUUUAAAUUUUUUUCCUCCCGACCGUAAAAGUGCAUAUUUCUUUGUGUACAAAUUUUUAUGGUACCUUACUGAACUCGUUUUGGAGAGAUUUUAUGUUCAUUGUGUUAUUUCUCGUUCGGUCAAGCUGUUUUUCGUUCUCUACAACAUCAGUGAUUUGACAUGCUCGUGCACAAAACUUUCUUGCUGUUGAUCAACUGCUUUAAGCGUAUUUACUCUUCUAUAUAAAACAAGUCCCAUGGGCAAGAUUUGAAGUAAAUAUUGUACACCGACAGUAAAUUUCCCGCUCGGUUUAAAUUUGACGGAAUUCGACGAACGUUGCCAUAGGCGUAUGAGCCGGGGGGGGGGAGGGGAGGGCACGUGCCGUAUCGCAUCUUUUAAAUUAUUAAAACCGUCCCAAAACAAAACACCAGAAUCCACUUUACAUUCAACUUACUUUCAUUUUUAAUACUCGAGGAUUGGGGAAAAGAUAGUUGGCACAUUAUCAUAUAUAAGCUCACUACAUGCAUAUAGGGGGAUUGAAACUGACAUAGUGAGCUUUGUUUAAAAUACGUUGUGUAAAAAUAAAUAAUAAUAACAAUAGACUGCGCUUGGUUCACACCAGGCCAUGGCCCGCUGUGUAAACACGGUUGAAGGCCUACCGGUAAAAUAUUCCUUAUAAUUUUGAAUAGGUCUUUGAAUAACGUCGCAAACAUGUCAAAACAAAAAGUAACCGAAUGGCGCAGACAACAGUGGGAUUUCCAAAAUAGUUAAGAGAGAAUAGAGCAUCCCAAUCACAGGAUUGUGGCCCUUGGUUAUUUAUUCACCUAACGUAAUAUAACAAGUUUCCUGGUUACAUUAACCAGACUAUAUUAACCAGACUAUUGUAGGAAGUGAGAUAUAAUAACUAAACCAGGAAAUGUAAAAGUGACGUAGCCAAGGGGCCCCAAAAAAAUCAGGGGGGGGCACUUCAAACAAGAUGAAAACUGAAAAGAAGGAAACAAAGUACGUGCUCUAUUUAGUAAGUUUGCCUUUAAAACCCUGCACGUACGACCAACUUGUUUGUUGUUAUUUUGAUAAUCAAAGAAGAAUGCCCCGAAUAAUGGUAAGUUAAUUUACCAAACUUUCCUUAGUUGCUGAAAAUGUUAAAAAGCUGAAAACACUUUCUAUAUGUUUCGAUUAAGAGACUACAAAUGAAGCCAACACGACGGGAAAUUUGAGAGUUCCAAACACAGAAAAAUUUGAGCAUAGAAAUUUAGCGCGGGUGUUUUAACCAAGAAAAAAGGAAAAAGCCCUCGGUUGGUGUUUUAACCAUGCAGUCUAACUUUGAAUUUUCCCAGGAAUAUUAAUUAAAGUGGCACUGUCAUCAAAAUUUUUAUUUUCUUAAACGAAAAUGCUCUUAAAACUGUAUAGUAACUUGUUUUGAAGAUUUUUGUUCCCAUGCUUAGUUCUUGAGAUAUUUCAUUUUGUUUGUAACCAUGUGACGUCAUUUACUCAAUUACAUAUAUAAUGAGGUAUCAGUAAUUAUGGUGUAUUUUUGUUAUUUCUUAUCAAAAUCUUUCGAAAGAUGCGGCACGUUUGUUAACUUAACCUACAUCAUUAAGUAUACUGUUUUUUUUUAAACAAAUCCAUCAAAAAUAGCAAAGUUACACAACAAUUACUGAUAUCUCAUUAUAUAUGUAAUUGAGUAAAUGACGUCACAUGGUUACAAACAAAGUUUUAAGAGCAUUUUCGUUUAAGAAAAUAAAAAUUCUGAUGACAGUGCCACUUUAAAUUAAAUUAUUUCUAGGUUAACAGAAAAAUUUUAACCAUGUGUUAUGUAAACGUCAAUUGUACUCGAAACCAUAAUCUGAUAAUCUUGCAUGCACAAAUUCUAUUGGGUAAAUUUCAUGACAACAAUUGUCUUUUUAUAGGAUUGGAUUUUAAUAGUCGAACGACUUCUUCCGAACUCAACACGUUUAUCGAUAAUCACCUUCAACCAACUACAGAAUUCAACAGGGAAAUGAAUGAAACAGUGGAUCAUAUAUGCAGUUUUUUUCGGGAUCACUUCAGGCCAAGCCGAAUAAUUAAGGUAUAGACGCACCUUAACGGAUAUUUCAGAUAUUACCAUUAUUAUUACCUCAAGGGUGUCAAGUUUUCACCAUUGUUACCUAGGUUAUGUAAUCAUCUGGGUUUGUAUGUGUGUAUGUUUGUAUGUGUGUAUGUGUGUUUGUCUGUCAGCACAAUUACUUCAAAAAUACCAAACAUAUUCAUACGAAAUUUUUUGAAUGCAUUUCCCAUCGGAAGAACUGAUUAAAAUUUGGUUGAAUUUGGUUAAAAAUUGAACGAGAAAUGAACAAAAUUUUGUCUUGCUUUUCCCGGUCAUUUAAAAAAAACUUACUGAAUGCGUAAUUAGACGUGUAUAAUUUAUGCACGCAGUAGGUAGCACAGUGUAUAUAUAAAGUGUACAAAUAAUGUAAUUAAUUAAUUAAUGGUAUCUUUUUAGGUUGUAUACAAUUGUAAUUCUAAAAUCGUGUGCUUUACAAAUAUAUUCUAAUUUCUUAAUAAUUUUAUAUACACGCUGGCAAUAUUUUAGGUAUGUUUUAUACGCCAAAUUUUGGUCGCGUCGAAUGCGACUAAGAUAAACCUCAUUAAGCUUCAGCCUUCAUUAUCUAUUAUCUUAGUUGCAUUUCACGCGACCGAAAUUCAAUGUCUAAAACAAGGCUAACGGAGUUACGCAUUAUUGCGUUCAGCAAAGUGCCAGUCCAUUCAAAUUCUAAUAAAUUAGAUUACUUCAAUACAGGGUGUAUAAAAAAAACGCAACCUAGCUCGGAAUUUCCCAAGAAAUCGACAUUGUUUUAAGGUAAUUCCGCAGUAAUUGUUCCCGAAAUGAGAAUGUGCUGAAACUUCCCAGGCAUGGAGUUUAUGAUAUACUUAAAAUAAAAUCAUACAAAAAAGUCGGGGUCACCGAACUCGUUAAUUAAGAAGAUAUGACAAUUACAAUAUACCACGUUUACCCCAAUAUGGCGCCAUCUUGACGCUCAUUACGAGUAACAGCAAAAUCAUCACAGCCCGAUAUUUAUUGACGUUUUUAGCGAGGAUUUUGCUUUAGUAAACCUAUCUUGUAAUUAUUUUUGAAAAAUAUUGUGUUUUGAGCAAAAUGAAACUACUAACGUGUACAAUUCUGAUCCACAAAUGUCUUUUCCACAUUUCUUUACAUAUCUUUCUUUGAGAACAUGCAUUGAUAACAGUUUUUUUUCAAGAUCCAGAAAUGAUUUUUCUUUUAAUUUCGGAUAUGAAAUGUAAAAUGCAUUAAGGAAAUAAAUUAUCAGUUAAAAAACGGGGGUCACCGAUCUUUUAGGGAAUGGUGGCAUUAAAACGUGAAAUACAAGUAAAUAAAUAUACUACAGACACAGAAACCUAUAGCUACACUUCUGUAUGCCUUUUUGAAAACAUUGAUUUUAACGUAAUUCUUUGCACGAAUGUGACCAAAGAUGUUUUGAAGUAACAUAAAAUUGUCAUAAAAUGAUUUUUGUUUAACGGUACGUAUAAUAUCCGUUUAGUGCCAACAUGAAAAAUAACGCAGCCUUUUAUUGUUUGAACCUUUUAUUAACCGUGCUGGUUUUCUAAAUAAAUUUAAGGACAUACACUAUGUAACAAUUUGACAAACCUACAUAUAAACUUAAACAACUAGUUCACACACAUACCUCACGUUGACGAAUAUUAAUUUACAGCGAUGUUAGUCCUUUGUCCUUAUCCAUGUCAAUAAUGAAUUACUUUAAAUAUAUUUGAUCGUUUAUCAGGCUUCAAAACUUAGUCUUAAACUGUUCACUUCGCCGAAUUCAGCGCAUAUAUCUUAUACAAAUUGAGCCCAACAUAAUCACAUUCCGACCCAAACAAUAUUAUGCAAAUGCUCCACAACCAACCAAUCAAUUCGGGCAAUUGGUCCCUACAGUACGUAUAAUGGAUGAAAUUAUAAGUUAUAAGAUGUGCGCAGUAAAAGUGCGCAAUGCAAAACUGCGGAAUUACCUUAAAGGACAAAAGAUUUUAGGUGCCUGGGAAUUUAAAAUAGAACAACUGUUAAAAUUACUGCAAGUUUUUAUUUUACAAGUACAGUACAACAACAGUAAUAUGAUCUAUUAGCAAUUCGAUUUCAAUUCGCGGGGGCCUAAAAUCUUUUAUGCUUAAGAAUUGCAAAAUGGAUUUCUUAGGAAAUUCCAAGGUUGCGUUUCACUUCCGAGUAUAGCGGGCGGAGGUAUGCAGUCUCUGAGUGCCCUCUACUUUUGUUUAUGAGUUUGUUUGUCUGCGUAACGAAACAUGAAAUUUGCUUCAAUUGCUAGUUGCAGAACAAAGUUUGUAGAAAUAUUUAGUGUAAUGUUUGCCUGGGGUUAAGUUACUGCCUAUUCUGCAUUUUCCAGUUUGUUCCUAAUGGCAGUAGUGCGGUAUUCUUAUAUACAGUUAAAUAGACAAAUGUCGAAAAAACUAACCCCUGUACAAAUAUUGAAAAUACAGGGGAGGGAGUAAUUGAAAUCAGGCAAACAGUAGGUCCACACAGACCGAACGCGAUUCGACAACGCGACGCGAAUUUUCAGUUUAUAAAAACAAAUAAAUGAAAACAAAUACUGAAAACCGUCAAGGGAUAAAAAAUUUUCAAGAUAUGCAGACAAAAUAGCUAAAAUUACUUAAGUGGUUCCGAAUAUUUGAAAAACAUAGAAAAAUAGUGAAGUUAAAUGUCAUUGAAAAUUGAAAAUUCGCGUCGCGUUGCUGAAUCGCGUCCGCUCUGUAUGGGCCUUUACUGUUGAGACCAUAUUUCGACGUGAUAUGCAAAUUACAAAGGAAGUAGAGUAAACCAUGUCCUUAAUUUCUGUCCAUGAAUAUAUACCUAUAACGUCAACUUACUGCACUGACUUCAUUUUAGGGAGGCUCACUGGGUAAAGGGACAGCCAUUAAAGGAAAUUGUGAUAUUGAUCUCGUUCUCGUCUUAAACGAAAUACAAGAUGCUGCCGAUCUCAAAAGAAAACUACCAGGAUUUCAAAGACAAAUUGUGGAAAAGUUGCAACAUGAAUCGAAAAGAUUUACUGUAAUAGGUUCAAUAUCAACAAAUAAUUUUCUUGUGAAAUUUUCAGUUGAAUUGAGACAUGGAAACAUAGAUGUUGACCUUUUACCAACAUUUCGUUUUACAGGUAAUCGAAAUACUAAAGAUUAACAAAACGGAUUUUUAUGUUUUGUACAAUGUGACUUGUCAAUAGUUACCUGAAUGUCAAGAGAUAGCUAAUUAAUUUCACGAUAAUAACCGCGUUAAGCCUGCCGCACACGAGAGCAACUUGCUGAGCCUCGAGUGGCAGCUAGCUCAGCUAUGUAUUUUCACCGACACGUUGGGAAAACUACUCAACAACAACAUAAUUAACAAAAUUAUUUCUAUUUUCCUCCAUUUUGUUCCAAGUCACAUGAAGAAACUAUGGUUUGUCAUUCGCUAAUUGAUUCAAACAGCUCAGCACUUAGGUUAUAGAUUCAUGUCUCGCUAUUUAUAAUGCUAACCCUAAUCCCCACCCUAACCCUAACCGCUAACCCUAUUAGCGAGACAUGAAUCUAUAUCCAGCACUUAGCUCACAAUAUCCGCAGACGCUGAGAUUUUUUCCUCGCGGGGCGAAAAAUAUCAAACACGAUAGAUAUUUUUAUCAAGGCCUCGAGAGGUCAAAUCCUCACGAAAACUAUCCAUGCACACGAGAGCUACUUGCUGAGCUAACCGCCUCGCGAGGUGAGCGCACCUGAUUUAAGGCCAUUUUCCAUUACAGUCGCUUUGCGCGCGCGGGUGAAGCACCGAUUUUAAGCACAUGAAAAAUCAGUCGCGCGGGCACGCCAAGAAAGUUGAAUGUAGUUCAACUUUCAUGGCGUGUCCGCGAGCAGUCAGGCGACAAAAAAUGCACAGGUUAGAAAACUAGACUGAGAAAGUUGAGUGAUGUUCGCUCCGCCCGCGCGGGCAAAGCCACUGCAAUGGAAAUCGGCCUUCAGGUGAGCUCUCUACAUUUUUGCAGACUGUAUAACUUUAACCUGGAAAGUGUUUUCGAAACUUGUCGCUUCGCGACUCGGGCAAGUUGUGAAACUUUGACUGACACGCGUAAAAUUAUACCUUAAUUUUACUUGGCCCCAUGCGAUUACCUAUACAAAUUGCACUCUACUCAGUUCAAUUACCAUUAAUCAUUAUAAAUUAUAAAAAUAAUUGAAGAAUUAUUAGAACCAAAAGUAAAUUCUGGAAUUUUCUAAGUUUAUCACAUUGCCACCACCCAAUUAAUCCUCUAUUCGGAGCUCAUUUCUUGACGUUCGAGGACACCAUGCAACCAACCGGCUUUUUUGUUCACUGUUUACAGAUCUCAGAGGUCUUUACCGUAAAAUGAAAAGUGACAGAGAAUACGAACAAUAUUACAGUGCAGCAUUAGCGGAGCAGCAAGUAUGAAAUAUGUUAUGUUUUAUAUAAUAAUCAGGGUCCAUUCUGUAUUUUCUUUGGUCGAGAUAUAUGACAAAAAAUCAAAACGAAUUUAUAUUUAAGCUUUUCGACUUUCUUUGUCAUGUGAAAGUGUGAAACAAAGAGUGAAACAGGUAACACUCCGAUCUGGGCUACUUGAUUGUUACCAUACGUAUCUAUAAUUGAACAAUGACAAAAUGUUUUAUUUAUUUAUUCGUUAUAUACAGUGUGUAUAAAAAACGUAUGGCCUUUAAAUCAAGCAUAACGCCGUAUUCCAUUGAAUUCAUCUGACAAGUUACAUGCAAUUACUUCGAACAAGUUAGCGGCCCGUAAAACAAAAGACUUUCUAGUUUUGUUCGUGGAAACACCACGUAAAUUUAUUACUGCAAAGCUUUCGAUCCGUAUGCCCGGAUCUUCAUCAGUGCUAAUAAUAUCAUAGAUUAAGUAAGAAGUGGGUACAAAGUGCCGGUUGUACUAGCCAGGAUGGCGUGAUUGAUGACGAAUCGCUUGUAAAAACGCGGACAAAUACUUGCUUGAGUUACACUUCUGCUGUACCUUCUUAUUCUGUGACUUCACUACGUUUGAAAUGACGUGGUUGAUGUGCCGUUUAAUUAAAAUUCAAAUGACGCGAGCCAACAGAUCACGACACUUUUGUAUAUAAAAAGGGCGCGUGAAUUGAACAAGUCACAUAUUAUUAGCACUGAUGAAGAUCCGGGCAUACGGAUCGAAAGCUUUGCAGUAAUAAAUUUACGUGGUGUUUCCACGAAUAAAACUAUUAUAUGUUUUUAAUCGCCAUGCAAACGUACAAAGAACUUAAAAGACUUUCUAUACUUAAAGAUGAUGUCCACCCCUGUGCACAUGCGCAAAUUUUGUUUACGUUUUGAACUGCUAUAUUUCUAAAAUAUGAUAUACUAACUGAAUAUCUAAUACUUUUCUGGUUCGCUAUACUUGUAAAUGAAUAUAAACUAUACGUUUCAAUUCAAAAAAGUUCGAAAGAUGCAAAAUUUGGACAAUGUUUAUAUCUGUUAUGAGCAGAACUGAUGAGAAGAACGGGGUGGACAUCAUGUUUAAGGACAUGUAUGAACAACUCAAUGGAAUACGUUCUUUGUAUGUUUGCAUGGCGAUAAAACAUAUAAUAGUUUUGUUUGUGGAAACACCACGUAAAUUUAUUACUGCAAAGCUUUCGAUCCGUAAGCCCGGAUCUUCAUCAGUGCUAACACAGAGUAGAUAAGACAUACAGAGACGUAACUGACCGUUGUAAACACUGCGGAAGAUUACGUUAUCAUGUACCCACUUUUUUUCAGGCGACCGGGCGAAAAAUGAUCAACUGCGCGUGCUCAGCAAGUUUAAAGUGAGUCGUCAUCAGGUCGUCAUCCAAUCAGAUGCAUGCAUUUAGCUGCCUCGUCCCUCGUCGCUUCAGUUGGGAUAGAGAUCAGUGGAAAAACAAUGGGAGCGCGGUGCUUAAUGGGAAUGCGAUAGAAUCUGAAAUCAGCGCUGCUCAAAUUACGCGACCGCGCGUACAAAUGAGAGCCUGUGGAAGAGUCAGUGCAUUUAGUAACUUGCCGAGCGUGCGCACAAAAAAAGUGAGUACACUAGUUACGUCUCUGUAUGUCUCUACUCUGUCACAGAAUAGGAAGUUAUACCAGAAGCGUAACUCUAGUCGUUUCCCUUAUUGUUUGACGUCCACAAAAAUUUUUAACUCGCUCACGUCAGGCCACGCCAUCCUGGCUAGUACAGCCGGAAGUUUUUAUCAGGAUUUGGUAGGUACAAAGUGCCGGUUGUACUAGCCAGGAUGGCGUGAUUGAUGACGAAUCGCUUGUAAAAACGCGGACAAAUAUUUGCUCGAGUUACGCUUCUGGUAUAACUUCCUAUUCUGUGCUAAUAAUAUGUGACUUGUUUAAUUCACACGCUCUUUUUAUAUACAAAAGUGUCGUGAUCUGUUGGCUCGCGUCAUUUGAAAAUUUAAUUAAACGGCACAUCAACCACGUCAUUUCAAACGUAGUGAAGUGAUUCCAAUUAACGCGCGCACAUCCAAGACAAGAGAAAUUAAUUUUGCACAUUAAAGAGAGCACGCCACGUACUAUUUAGUGGCUUUCCCUCCUGAUCUAUUGUAUUGUGCUUCUCGAUUUCAAUUGACUCUCUCAUUUUGCGAGAGAACUUAUGACUAUCAAUCGCCAAAAUGGUUGCUUCGUCCCAUUUUAUACGAUGGUCGUAAGUCCAAGUAUGUUUAGCCACAGCAGAGUAUCUUGCUCGGCUUUCUCGCAAUUCGUCUUGUGUUCCUUAAGACGUACUGAGAGAUUUCGACCAGUUUCACCAAUGUAAACCAGACCACAUUCACAAGGAAUUCGGUACACACCAGGUUUAGAGCCAACAGAUCACGACACUUUUGUAUAUAAAAAGGGCGUGUGAAUUAAACAAGUCACAUAUUAUUAGCACUGAUGAAGAUCCGGGCUUACGGAUCGAAAGCUUUGCAGUAAUAAAUUUUCAAUGGAAUACCCUGUACAGUACAAGCAGUUAUAAUUAAAAUGAAGAUAUAAUUGUCUGUUUUGUAAAUAAGACCUGUUUUCGUCACGUAUAUCAUUAACUCAAAGCAGUUGAGAACAAUCAAAUCACUUAUAAUUAUCGUUAAUUUCAAUUUGAAAGGCUAUACUUUUUUGAUACACACUGUAUACUUUAUCACUUUAAAUUUGUUUUUUAAUAUCUGCAAUCUAUAUCUGUUAAUCAGUCUUAGCAGCUCAGGUGGGGUCCCCUUAGUCCAACGUUACACCAUUUUGACUAUUAUUAUCAAGAUGACUAUUCUUUACUGUAAUCUUGGAAACCGUAUGUUUUGUGGCAUUUCGAGGAAAAAGUUAUUUCGCUGACCUCAGAAUGACAUUUCGUCAAAAAACUUUUUUUCAAAAUUGGUUUAGAAACGAAACUUGGAGGGGUUAGGGCAAGGAUUAGGGUUAGAGUUGGUGUUUAAGGGUUAGUGUUAUUAAAACCGUUGCUUUGUUACGUUUUGUCACUCUGAUCGAGGCCAGCGAAAUAACCUCUUCUUUCGACUGCUUGUUCUUCAACUGCGAACUCAACCGACACAAAUUGCCUUUUCCUCGAUCGCUGGUGAUUUUAGAUUUUUCACUGUUAUAGGUUGAGUUCGUGAGGGCUUGUCCAGCCAAUGUGAAGAAUUUAAUUCGCUUGGUCAAGUACUGGAAGAAACAAAAUGUUACAUCCGUGUACAAACGAGAAAUCCCAAAUUCUUAUGUAAUUGAAUUAAUUACAAUCCACCUUUGCGAAGGAAGCUCAGGGUGGUUCGGAACAUAUGAUACAUUAAAGGCCUUCCACAGCGUCAUGGAAGCAUUGGAAAACUACAGAUCUCUGAAUGUUAUUUGGAGGAAAACAAAUUAUUCUAGAGAUGACAUACCAAAGCAAAUCCAACAGGAAAGGUACGAAUGACGAGAUUUUUGUCCCAAAUUUUGUAAUUUAACUAAUGUCAAACAUGUUCCUGUAGUGUUUAUAAAAAUACAGAAAGAAUGAAGUGUUAAUUUUGUAUUGUACUGUCACUUAUAUGUUGACACAGGUCCGCGCGAUAGCUAUCAAAGAAAAUGAAGUUCGUUAUCCGAGAGCAUUCUGACACUUUAACCACCAGGCCUGUAAAUGUUAGUCAAACUUUAUUAACAAUGCUUCAGUUUUAUUAGAGAGUCUUCGUCAGAGAUAUGAAAAAAUUAAUCGUCCUUUCACACAAAUUUUGCUACUGCAGAAAAUAACGAAAAUAUUUUGUCUCAAGAUGGCCUUUGAACUCGAUCAGAAUUCGAGGCUUAUGAUAGCCUACACGUUCUCAACAGCAAAGGCCGAAGAGUUAAGCCCCGUACAGACGAACAAGUUUGCCUUGACAAAUUCUAUUUGUUUGUGUGUACGCCACAAAUUGACAAGUUUUAUCUUGACAAGUUUUAUUUUAACAAGGAGCCUUGUUCAAAAACUGGUCAUGCAAGCUUUUCAGAAAGGGUAAUUGUUCGUGUAUAUAAUAUACGGCCGUCAUUAAGGAAAACUUGGCGUUGCCAUUAAAAUAUUUUGAAAUUAAUUCGCUUUUGAAGUGUGGUAUUAUUUACGUAUACUUAAAUAGCCGGGACUCAUGGUAAAUCUUGUUAAGGUAAGAAACGUAUUCGUAAACUCGUCAAAAGAGUUGUCGAGGAAAACUUGUUCGUCUACACGAGCCAUUAGGUUUUAUUGACGAACAAAAAUCUGAAGGCUCGGAAAAAACCUCUUGAAAUACAGAAGUGAACUAAUGGACCAUUUGCAUUAUAGACUAAAUUUUGAUCUAGGCAAAAAUUCAUCACAGCUUGAAAGAGCAUCACAAAAUUAGUAAUAUUCCAAAGUUUCGUUGCAAAAUGUUGUAAAAUGCGGAUAAUAUAGUCUUGUGAAGUUUGCCGUUUUUUCAGUCAUUUUGUAUUACGCACGGGAAAUUGACAGCCCAAUACCCUUUGGGGCAUCAAUUUCCCGUUUGUAAUUUAAAAUGACUGAAAAUUGCAAAUUUCGCAAGGCUAUAUUAUCCGCAUUUUACAACAUUUUGCAACGAAACUUUGGAAUAUUACUAAUUUUGUGAUGCUCUUUCAAGCUGUGUAAAAUUUUUGUCUAGAUCAAAAUUUAGUCUAUAAUGCAAAUGGUCCAUUAACAAAACUUAACUUGCACGAGUUUUCAUGCACAAGAAAGUUACCCAACCUGAGUAAAUACCCACACUUGACCUAUACAGUUGCAGGCUUGAUGCAACGGUAUCCUGUCAUUUUAACAUACUGAAUAAACUUGGAUACCUGAAUUAACCCGUUAUUUUAAAUUUAUAGACCGUUGGUAAUGGAUCCUGCAAAUCCAAUGAACAAUGUGUGCAGCAUAUUUGAGUGGGAGAAAACUGCAAACGCCGCAAGGAGAGUGUUGGGUAGUCCGAUGAUGCGUUGAGGUACCUCCUAACUAGUUGGACUGAAUAAGGGGAUUGAAACCCGCCAUUUGAUUAAUUUUCAAGAACAGAUUUUAUCAAGCAACUCACGAAUUGUGGAGAGUUAAUUUGUUUCGUAAUAUAUUAUUUAUCUUUCUUUUGAACAAGUCUUAAGUUGUACUGCUGUAUAAUUAGUACGUUCACCCCACGUAAAGCACUCCAAUGACACUGAACGCUGCAAGUGUAUGUGAUGUUAGGACACGUGAAAAUGCAUGAUUUAAAUAACGUAUAUAGUAAUCUCAAGAAAAUGUAAUUCGUCUGAAUACAAUUUAU